UCGUGAUUACUUUAACUCCCUAUGACUGGAAUAACUACCAGUUACCCAUACCCAGCCACACAUACAAAUAAAACAUAUUACAAUGACAGAUCGCCAUUCAGUCUUAAAUUUCAAACUAUUUCUUCUUCCUUUCAGCUUCCGAGGAAGAAGAAGAAGUCUACUGCGAGCCAUCGGCGCUACUCCAUCGUUUGGAGGCGGGCCUCGAACUGGUGCUGCUCUCAAAUACGUGAAACAAACUUUGUUCAGCGGCCGAUCACGUAAAAGAAAAGUACUUUUUGUAAUAACACACGACAGGUCCUAUGAUAAUGUUGCUAUCCCAGCUGCCACUUUGCGCCGCGCGGGAAUCGAGAUUAUUUCUAUUGGGGCUGGAAAAGCUCCUAGCACCUCACAGCUUCGUCAAAUGGCGGGAAAACGAACUGGAGCCAUGUUCACAUCUAGCUUCAGAACACUGCUCUCUAUUGCAAAGAUCGUUGAGCAAAAGGCGUGUAAAGGUGAGAUUUUUACCUGUGAACAACAAAUUUUAGAUUCUUUAGCAGGUCACUGUUUUGCAGUUAUCCAGGAUAAAAAAUAUUAGAUCCCACAGCGUCUAAUGUCGUUAAAGUAACCCAUUCUAUCUUGCUACUUUUAUUCACGGGAUUCAUUUACCUUAACUGCGAUAAAUUUGAUGGUGCAUUAAUAACCCCUGCAUUUUAAUUGCAUACUAGUAUAAAAUAUUGCGUGUUCUAUCUACCUAGAUUAAAUUAUUUUCUGUCGUUGACUUAUUUUAGGUCCCAGGCCUUUCGUAAAGCCACCACCAGGAGGUAUGUGACUGACCAUUGCAUUGCACACAUCAUGCGGGCUUAUCUUUGUAGAUGUUGGACCGAGCGAAAAUAACUACCAAUCAUCUUUUCCGACUUUUUUCAUGCGAUGAGUCUUCUUUGUUGUUGCUGAUGGAUUUCGUUUCUGUUAUUUACAGUUCUACCAAGACCAAAGCCUCAUGGGAAAGGUAUGUAGAUGACUAUGAUCAGUUUCUAUAACACCUUUAAAAAAAGAAAGAUUUAGUAUCAUAGAAAUUUUUCUUUCUUUGUUUUCAUGGCGCCAAACAACAAACGACGACUACAAGCGGUCAAAGCAACUCUUAGCCUGGAACAAACGUUUACUUUUGUUUUUUUAACUUGUAAAAAUACCUCAAAAAAUUGACCAAGAGAUAAGGGGAUUGCAUUUGAAUGUGUUCGAAGCAUAAUAUUCAUCAUAUUUUGAUAUUUUUUGUUUACAGUUGUUUCCCGUGCCCUUGAUAUUGGGUUAAUCGUGGACGCAUCUGCGAAUGUCGCCGGGAAAAGACUUAUUCGAAUUCGUAACUUUUUGAAACAAAUCGUGGCGUCCUUCACAGUGUCUACAUCAUUCACUCGCUUUGGAAUGGUCGAGUUCAGCAAUUAUCCAAGAAAAUUGUUUGAUUUCAACCGAUUCCCAAAUCAAGCUACCUUAAUCAAUGCGCUUGGUCAUGUACCGUACAUGGGGGGCCAAGCAAUGCUGGGAAAAGCCUUGAAGUAUUCCGCAGUGAAAUUGUUCUCACGGAGCCCCAGAAAGAAGGUUGCCAUAGUGGUAACAGGCAAGUCACUUGACUCGGUUGCAGGCCCCGCGCGUGAUUUGAGGCGCGCUGGCGUGAAAGUGGUCUCGGUGGGUAUUGGAGUUUAUAGCGUCCCACAGCUGCAACAGAUGGCUACUAACAAACGAAGUGUGUUUGCGACAAAGUUCAAGACUUUGAACAACAUUGUCAGAGCGAUCAAACAGAAAGCUUCCAAAGCUCUCCGUCCUGUCCCUCGUCCCUUGCCGGUGAGACCUCGACCAGGAGGAAGACGUCCGUACAGAUUCAUUGGCACCUACAAAGUUCCACCCAGGAAAUAUCUCGGUCGGGCAAUCCCGAUUAAAAACCCUACAUACGGACGUAUAAUAUGUGAGCGCAUAGCCCGUCGGGGUCGCUACCGAGCCUUUGCAGUCCGCGGGGGUCGUCAGUGCUUUGUUUCUCGCUCCUCCCCACGUAAGUUCAUGGUCUACGGCCGAACAAGGUCGAGGAAACCUGGGCGCAGUAUCAGGGUCUACAUUAGAUCCAGAGGUUGGUGUUAUAAGUAUUGUUUCUCUAGAUUUUUCUAUCCUUAUAAGCGACCUUCACUGCUGGAAACAAGUGACAGGCAUCCAGCAAAUUCGAGUUUCACGUAAUUAUUUUGGAUCGUGCGAUCUUUUUCUAUACAAGAAGAGUCCAACUAUAUGGUGUAAUCAGAUCAAAAAUGGCUUCACACGACAAAAAUUAUGCUCCGCGCAAUAUCAAAUAGGGACGGUUAAUCCCUUAAUCCUUUACCAUGACUUAUAUUUAUUCAGCAGCUCCCAUUAGACCCAAAGCCCGACCCAGAAUUCGGCCUCGAAUUCGUCCCAGGCUUCCGCUUCAUCCCAGGCCCCGGCCAGUAAAACUACCUUUACCAAGGCCAAGAAAACCAGGUUUGUUAAA